CUGUGCCAGUAUAUCUUGGAUCUACACUUGUAUCUCACUUUAUUCGUAUUGCUGGGUACUCUGUUAUGAUAUGAAUGACACGGCUCCGAGUGGCGAUGGUUCAUUGAAGGAGCCUUACGUAGUCGAGGAGUCUGUUGUACUGCUAGACUUCCCGGAGUUCCAGGCAACUUCACUCUUUGAUGAGGCUGAAUUCACUCAACAGUCAUUGGAUGAAUCAGCGGUUACCUAUAACAUCGAUAAUUGCGCGAUUAAUACUAUACGUCUUGAGGGUAUAAAUACCGAUUCGCCAUCCUGCGUAUUGCAGGGACAGCUACCACUUCAGGGGCGUCGUGUAACCACUGGAGUUACAUACUUCUGUUUUGACGUAACAGACAAAGAUACAUCGCAGGGAUACAGCUCUGGUAACCCAUACACGCGUCAAUAUUGGCAUACCACUGAGCAUAUUGAAUUCACUAGCAAGUUGUAAUGGCCGGUGGCCGUGCUAUGUACCCUUUAC